CAAUUCUCUUCCUCCAUGGCUUCCGUCUCCUCCUUACCCGCCUUCGCCAUCUCCGACUACCGCACCCGCAGCCGCGUCCCCGCCCGAAGCCGAUCCUAUCCGAACUCCGGAAUUUCCGGUCCCGGCGCCGGUCUAGAUAGCCUCGGCCGUGCCGCCGCCUCUUCCCGCCUCUUGAAUCCAUGGCACCGCCGCGGUGAUUGGAAUCUCGGCCCGGUCCGGGCGGAAUCGCCUGAUAUCAAGAAGACGGAGCGGGAACCGAUGGUCCCCCCUUAUAAUGUACUCAUCACGGGUUCGACCAAAGGAAUUGGAUAUGCACUUGCAAGGGAAUUUCUAAAGGCAGGUGAUAAUGUCUUAAUAUGCUCAAGAUCAGUUGAACGCGUUGAAUCAGCAAUUCAGAGCUUGCGCAAGGAAUUCGGAGAGCAUCGUGUGUGGGGAACUGCAUGUGAUGUCAGAGUAGCAAAGGAUGUCAAAGCUCUGGUUGCUUUUGCACGUGAAACGAUUGGUUACAUUGAUAUAUGGAUUAACAAUGCUGGAUCAAAUGCAUACAGUUUCAAACCAUUGGCCGAAACUUCUGAUGAGGAUCUUAUGGAAGUUGUCACCACAAAUACUCUUGGUUUGAUGAUUUGUUGCCGUGAGGCAAUAAACAUGAUGCUAAACCAGCCUCGAGGUGGUCAUAUAUUCAACAUUGAUGGAGCAGGUUCAGAUGGAAGGCCAACACCACGAUUUGCUGCAUAUGGUGCAACCAAGCGCAGUGUUGUGCACCUUACAAAGUCCUUGCAGGCAGAGUUGCAGAUGCAAGAAGUGAAAAAUGUUAUGGUGCACAACCUGUCGCCUGGUAUGGUAACUACUGAUCUUCUUAUGUCCGGAGCCACAACAAAACAGGCCAAAUUUUUUAUCAAUAUAUUAGCCGAGCCGCCUGAUGUGGUUGCUGCAUUCCUUGUUCCAUCCAUCAGAUCAGUCCCUAGCAGUCAAUCCAUGAAGCCCACCUACAUUCGAUUUCUCACGGGCUUCAAAGCUUACUCCCAAAUCUUUUCAAGACUUGCUUUUGGUGCACGACGGAACAGAUAUCUCGUCGAAGAUUGAAUGACUUGGCUAGCUUGUGCCCUUACCGAUCUGUCGGCGUAAAAAGAACAAGUAGCGGAACUGCACGCUUCUGCAAUUGUUUGAUUCGGUAUAGUAUUUGAAUUUGCAAAAUACUUUGAACGCCAAAUCUAUGCAAGUGUACCAGCAUCUUGAAGGGAGAUUUCUCUAACCCCAAGCUUAAGAAUGAUCCUCUCAGGGAAAAAGCAGCACCUCAGUAUCUAAAAUGUAAAUUCCCACUGUUCAUGUCAAAUCAAUGUAAGUACUCUGUUUACAAAAGUUAGGUUUGGUGAGUGAUGGCAUAUUUCAAAUCUUGAUAAUGUUAAUUUUUUCUGCAAUCAUUCAUCACUUUGCUAAUACAAUCCACAUUCGUGUUUUAA